CCUUUCCCCAGGUGCCGCAGUCCGCCACUCCCUCCGCUGCGUCUCAGCCGGUGAAGCUCACCUUCCCGGAGACUCUGGAUCGGAUUAAGGAAGAAUUCCAGUUUCUCCAGGCACAAUAUCACAGCCUUAAAAUGGAGUGUGAGAAGCUGGCCAGUGAAAAGACUGAGAUGCAACGACACUAUGUGAUGUAUUACGAGAUGUCGUACGGCUUAAACUUGGAAAUGCAUAAGCAAACUGAGAUAGCCAAAAGGCUCAAUGUCAUCUGUGCCCAACUGCUGCCUUAUUUAUCGCAAGAGCACCAGCAGCAGGUGAUCCAGACCAUCGAACGAGCCAAACAGGUGACGAUGGGGGAGCUGAACGCAGCCAUCGGCGUGCGGGGGCUUCCCAUCCUGCCUCCACCGCAUCACUUCCAACCCCAGCACCUCACCCACCACACGUCACCGUUCCCCCUCGCUCUCCACCCCUCCGGCCUGCAGAUCCCCGGGAUGUCCUCCAUCGGGGCCGGCUCGGGGCUCCUCGCCCUCUCCAACGCCCUGGCCGCUCACCCCCCUUUUGCCUUGAAGGAAGACAAGAACCAUCAAGAUCUACUGGAGCAUCACCGAGAUCGAGAGCAAAGCACGAGCUCGCUGCACUCGUCCAACGGGGAAAAACCCCGGAACUCCGCGGAUUAUCCCAACCACCUCAAGAAGAAAAAGACGGAGGAGAGCGGCUCGGUGAACGACUACGAAAGCGAUGAUGACAAAAGCGAUGACAACCUGGUGGUCGAUGUCUCCAACGAGGAAGCCGCGUCACCCCACAGCAGCCCCUCCCAGUCGGCCGCGGAGAACGGGUUGGACAAGCUCCACGUGCGGAGGAAGAACCCACUCAACAGCCCCACUUCGCUGGUGUCCUCCAGCAGCACUCCGCCCCUGAAGGGCAAGGAACCCCCAGGGAGUGAGAAAGCCAGCACCCCCGGCCUGAAGUCCCCCCUCCCCAGCUCCCGCAGCGACCCCGCCACGCCCGGUAGCAGCGGCUCAUCCCAGCUCGGCUCCAGCAAAGCCCCGUCCACAGACCCCCUCGCUCUAGGACUGAAGACCCCUCUGGCAGUGCAGGGCCCGUUCCCGGUGCCCUUCGGGAUGGUCCACUCCUCCGUUAACGGAGGGAUGGCGGGUGCGGGGGCGUACGCAGGAUUACACUACGCCUCGGCCCAGCUCAACGGGGCCACCUCCGCAACCGCGUACGGUCGCUCCGGUGUGUCCGGCUUCGAGUCCCAUUCUCACAAACGGGCGUCAGGAGUUCCAGUCAGUCUGUCUGCAGGGAAACCCGCCUACUCGUUCCACGUUGGAGCCGACAGACAGAUGCAGCCGGUGGCGUUCCCCACGGAUGCGCUGAGCGGUCCCGGGAUCCCACGUCACGCCCGGCAGCUCCACACCCUCCCGCACGGGGAGGUGGUCUGCGCUGUGGCCGUCAGUCACUUCACCAAACACGUCUACACGGGGGGGAAGGGCUGCGUCAAGGUUUGGGACAUCAGUCAGCCUGGCAACCGCAGCCCAGUCUCCCAGCUCGACUGCCUGAACCGAGACAAUUAUAUCCGCACGUGUAAGCUGUUCCCCGACGGCCGGACCCUGAUCGUGGGGGGGGAGGCCAGCACGCUGUCGAUCUGGGACCUGGCGGCCCCCACCCUGAGGAUCAAGGCCGAGCUGACCUCCUCGGCCCCCGCCUGCUACGCCCUGGCCAUCAGCCCCGACGCCAAGGUCUGCUUCUCCUGCUGCAGCGACGGCAGUAUCUUCGUUUGGGACUUGCACAACGAAACCCUGAUCAGGCAGUUCCAGGGACACUCGGACGGCGUCAGCUGCACAGACAUCUCGAGCGACGGGACUCGGCUGUGGACAGGAGCCCUGGACAACACAGUCAGGUGCUGGGACCUGAGGGAAGGACGGCAGAUGCAUCAGCAUGACUUUGCCUCACAGAUAUUUGCACUCGGCUGCUGCCCGACCGGGGGAUGGCUGGCGGUCGGCACAGAGAGCAGCAACGUGGAGGUUCUGCACGUCAACAAACCCGACAAGUACCAGCUGCACCUGCACGAGAACUGCGUGCUGUCCCUCAAGUUCGCCUACUGCGGUAAAUGGUUUAUAAGCACUGGGAAGGAUAACCUACUUAACGCGUGGAGGGUACCGUACGGAGCGAGUAUAUUCCAGUCCAAAGAAUCGUCGUCAGUCUUGUGUUGUGACAUCUCCACCGAUGAUCAAUACGUGGUCACGGGCUCAGGGGACAAGAAAGCCACAGUCUACGAGGUGAUUUACUGAGGGGAUUCCGAGCGGAGGAGAAAAAUGAUGUACAGAACAUGCUGCGAGAGAGAGAGAGAGAGAGAGAGAGAGCUGAGGCACGAACCUGGAUCAAUUCACCAUUUAAUCCAAGAAAGAAGUUGCAUUUCCACUCGGUCCUCACUGGGCGACUGCUGGGGGUGACUGUGACUCGGAUCCUGAAAGCUUUUACUUUAACAGAAGGGGAUCUACGACAAGACAAGAGAAGGCCAAACAGGUCGCUGAAGGGGAUUCUGAAGCAUCGGCUCCCAAGACUGCCCACAACACUUUCAUCUCCAGCUUCGGUGUAAAGGUUAGGGUAACAGCGCUGAUGUCUUUGUGAAUGGGUUUUAUUGUGUUAUUUUUUUUCAAGUUUUUUUUUGUAUCCACACACGCACACGUUACGCUCAUCUUUUCAUUCCCUUUCCUGCUCACGUUUACAUGUUUUCGUCUCUCCCCUAAUCCACCUUUGGGAUCGUUAACCGGGGGUUGUUGGGUGACGAUUGGGGCAUGACUGCCUUUUUUUUUAAUUCUUAAAAGAAAUGUCUUUAUUGGAAACGUUAAAUGGAUCUGUCGUUUGUUUUCUUUUUUUUUAAAAAAAGCUGGCUCAGUCCAAACCUUAUUUUUUCCUGAAAAAGAACGGCUAUUUUCCGUCCGCUCCUUGAAAUUGCUCGAAGCAGCGAGACUCUCAUUUGCUCCUCCUGUCCUGUGUGCGAGAGGCUGUUUGCGGCUGUGAUUUUUUAACGAGGAUUUAAUCCGUUUGCUUUUUGGCGGUGUCUUGACACACACUGAAAACCCAUCACUGUUGCUUAAAAGAGUCUCCCAAACCAAACUGGGAA